GGUGUGGUGUACCAAUAGCCACGUGGCCAGUGUAUGCGGAGCAGCAAAUGAAUGCCUUCGAAGUUGUGAAGGAAUUGGAAUUGGCGGUGGAGUUACGACUUGACUAUCGAGAGGGAAGCAAUGUGGUGACUGCAGAGGAGCUAGAGAGAGCGCUGAGGCGCUUGAUGGACAACAAUGACGAGGUCAGAUCGAAAGUGAAGCAAAUGGAAGUGAAGUGCAGAAUUGUUCUCAUGGAAAAUGGAUCCUCAUACGAGGCCUUGAAUCUUCUGAUUCAUAAAUUAACGGCUCAUAUUUUGUAAUAAUUUGAAACUGAGACAUAUUAAAGUUGCAUAUUUUCUCUUUGUUCGCGGAUAAUGCUCGAUUAAAUAAAUAUAUAUUUACCGCUAAAA